AAUGAGAGUGAUGUCCCCUUAAAAUAUACCACAUUGUGAAAAUGGUUUAUUUACAUUUUAGUAACAUUUUGACAGAAGAAGAAGAACAGUUGAAGUUGAAGUAUGCCAAACUCAGAAAGAAGAAAAAGGCUCUCCAAGCUUUGAAGAGUGUAAAACCCGAGACUAAAACCCAGACUGAGGCCAGAACACAGGCCACUAAACGACCAAUAGAAUCAGCUGGUGAUGCCUUGAAACAAGCAAAGAAGUUGGUGCAAUCUGGUGCUAUACAGAUUGGAGCAGAUAAGCGGGAGAAAACUGGCUUCAAGAGAUCCAAAUAUUUUGAAAAGAAAUUAAAGGACCCGGAGAAAGCACCGGUUGGUUUCCAGCCAUUCUCAGCUACACAUCCUGACGAAGAGGAGAAAUCUGAAACUGGCACUCGGACAAAAAGGAAGGAUCUUUAUGACAGAUUUGUCAGUUCUGGAGUUGGUUAUGAUCGCGAACGCGACGAUCGUCGGGAUCGUGAACACAUCGACCGACCAGACAGGCGAGAACCCCCGAAGAAGGGAAACACAAUCUACGUGAGGGGUCACCGCAUCACCGAAGAACUUCUCAGGAAAGCGGCAUCCAACUUCGGUGUGGUCCUCAAUAUUAGUAUGGAAAGAGACAAAGGAUGUGGCUUUGUGUCUUUUGAGAAAAUGGAAUCUGCAGAGCAGGCUAUUUCAGAGAUGAAUGGCAGUAUGAUAGAGAACAUCCAGCUUCAGGUGUCGAUGGCGAGACAUCAGCCCACCCUAGAACUGACCCAGGACCCGUCCUCUACCGGCUGGUCCUCCAUAGCUGCAAGUAACUCGCAGAAGGGAUCGGGUUACAAAGAUAAGAGAGAUAUCAUCACAUAUGAUGAUGAAGAUAUAUUCUAAUGCAAGUUCACCAACCAUGUUGUUGUUAUAUAUAAGUGAGAAGAGUGAUGGACAGAGCUUACUUCAUUCCAAAUAAAGCAAGCACUUGGUAACUUAGUCUUCCCGCGAGCAAAAUGAAGGCAUGGUGAAGAUGACUUUUCUGAAAUGGUGCCAGGCAAGCGAUCAUCUCCUCAUGAAAUGUAAAGGGAAGAUACUUGAAUGAGUGCAGUCAGUUUGCAUUCAUUACUGUGCACAUCCAAUAGCCGAUGAUUGAUUAAUCGAAGUGCUCCAGUGGUGUCGUUAAACAAAACAAACAACCAUUACUGUGCAUGUUUAUUUCUCAAGAAAAUAUUCUUGUGGGUAUGAAUUUUCAGGCACAAAGUUUCAAAUAAUUGGUGCAUAAAUGUUUAUAGUAUGGCGUUCGGUCGAUUCGCCACUCGCCUAAACAUGGAAUGUAUACCAAAACCGUGCAAGUAUUCAGAUGGGAGUACAUCAUACUAUGUUCAAAGAAAGUACAAAAAAGAGAACAAAAGAUUUGUGAUGCACCUCUUCUUGUUGCUUUACUAUCUUAAAUGUUUGGUUUAUGUAUGUGAAUGUCUUUUAAUACAUGUUAUUAAAUGAGAGGCAAAUGUAA